AGCCUCGCAUGAGUAUUCUACCAUAGGGGGGAUUCAAGAAUCGGUACAUGAGAUUUUAAUGAAUUUGAAAGAAAUUGUAUUGAGGAGCAAUCUAUAUGAAAGUUGUGAUGCGUCUAUUUGUAUCAAGGGACCUCGACAUGUAACUGCCCAAGAUAUAAUAUUACCACCCCCAUGUACAAAUUGUUGAUAACACACAACAUAUAGCUUGGUUGACGGAACCUAUUGAUUUUUUUAUUGGAUUAAAAAUAGAGAGAAAUCGCGGAUAUUUCAACAAAGUGGACCUUCACUUUGACGAUGGAAGUUAUCCUAUAGAUGCUCUCUUCAUGCCGGUUCAAAAUGCAAAUCAUAGUAUUCAUUCUUAUGGGAAUGAAAAACAAGAGAUACUUUUUUUGGAAAUAUGGACAAAUGGAAGUUUAACACCAAAAGAAGCACUUCAUGAAUCCGCCCGAAUAUUGAUUGAUUUCUUUAUUCCUUUUUUCCAGAUGGAAGAAGAAAACUUAUAUUUAGCAGAUGCAAAACACACAAUUCCCCUACCCCCCCUUAUCUUUUAUAAUAAAGUGACUACACUUAUAAAAAAAAAAAAGAAACUUUCAUUGAAAUUAAUUUUUAUUGACCAAUUAGAAUUCCC